CGAGGCGGCUGGAAGGUGACGCGCCGCCUCCACCCCCUGAAGGCGGGGCUCCGCGGCCGCGAGGAAGUCCGGCCGCCCCGGUGAUGCCCCAGCCCCGCCGCGCCAGCGCUCGGGGUCAGCGACGACAGCCACGGCGGCCGCGGCGGCGGGUCCCGCGCAGAAGUUCCUGCAGUUGUUUUUACAUAGAGGCACUCACUUUGGAGCAGUGAAUGCUUGGGUCUUCAUGCAGCCAUGGAUCUGGAUAAGCCAUCUGUCUGGGGGUCAUUUAAGCAGCGGACCAGGCCAUUAUUAAUCAACUUGAGCAAGAAGAAAGUGAAAAAGAACACUAGCAAACCCCUGGACUUAAGGGCCAAGCAUCACCUGGACCGGCGCCUCAGCCUGUCAGUCCCUGACCUUCUGGAGGCUGAAGCCCUGGUGGCAGAAGGCCACCCCUACACGGGACCCCAAUCCUCCUAUAUCUCAGUGCCCAACAGCCUGUCUACGGCAGGGAUCGUCCCCAAGAGCAGCAGCAGCUCCUUGAGACAGUCUGAAGAAGAACUGGAUUGGAGCCAGGAGGAAACAAGCCAUUUGCGUGCGCUGGAAACAGACUCAGAGGAGAUCUACACUUCUCCUGAGGAGAUCUGGACCUCCAGCCAGGGGCUCCUUGAUCACCAGAAGCCUGCCCUUGGAGCAGAUGUGCCAGGAGAGCCAGAGAAACUACCGGGCAAUGGUGACUUGAAUGCUUCCCUGACAUCUCAACAGUUUGAAGAACAAUCUGCUCUGGGAGAAACCAGUGACGGUCUGAGUAACCUCCCUGGUCAUUUUGCCUACCUUCUCACCAUCCACCUGAAGGAGGGACGCAAUCUGGUGGUCAGAGAUCGCUGUGGCACAAGUGAUCCCUAUGUGAAAUUUAAGCUGAAUGGGAAGACGCUGUACAAAAGUAAAGUCAUAUAUAAGAACUUGAACCCGGUUUGGGAUGAGAUAGUUGUGUUGCCAAUACAAAGUCUUGACCAAAAACUACGUGUGAAGGUGUAUGAUCGAGAUUUAACCACAUCUGAUUUCAUGGGUUCUGCAUUUGUGAUUCUGAAUGAUCUCGAGCUGAACAGAACAACUGAACACAUUUUAAAAUUGGAAGAUCCAAACAGUUUAGAAGAUGACAUGGGUGUGAUUGUGUUAAAUUUGAACCUAGUAGUAAAACAAGGUGAUUUCAAGAGACAUCGCUGGUCAAAUCGGAAGCGGUUAAGUGCCAGCAAGUCCUCUUUGAUACGCAAUCUUCGGCUCUCAGAGUCUUUGAAAAAGAACCAGCUCUGGAAUGGGAUUAUAAGUAUAACUUUGUUGGAAGGAAGGAAUGUCUCAGGAGGAAAUAUGACCGAGAUGUUCGUUCAGUUAAAACUGGGAGAUCAGAGGUACAAAAGUAAGACACUGUGUAAGAGUGCAAACCCGCAGUGGCAGGAACAGUUUGACUUUCAGUACUUCUCUGACAGGAUGGGCAUUUUGGACAUUGAAGUGUGGGGAAAGGACGGCAAAAAACACGAGGAACGCUUGGGCACGUGCAAAGUGGAUAUUGCUGCACUCCCAUUGAAGCAAGCCAACUGCCUGGAGCUGCCUCUGGAGAGCUGCCUGGGGGUGCUCCUCCUGCUGAUCACGCUCACGCCCUGUGUGGGAGUCUCUGUCUCUGAUCUGUGCGUCUGCCCCUUAGCGGACCCAAGUGAAAGAAAGCAGAUUUCCCAGCGCUAUUGCCUGCAGAACUCCUUGAAAGAUAUGAAGGAUGUUGGCAUUUUACAAGUAAAGGUGUUAAAGGCGGUGGAUCUGUUAGCAGCGGAUUUCUCAGGGAAGAGCGAUCCUUUCUGCUUGUUGGAGUUAGGCAAUGACCGACUUCAGACACAUACCAUUUACAAAAACCUCAACCCGGAGUGGAACAAAGUUUUUACCUUUCCCAUUAAAGAUAUCCAUGAUGUUUUGGAAGUGACAGUAUUUGAUGAAGAUGGAGAUAAACCCCCCGAUUUUCUUGGAAAAGUUGCCAUUCCUUUGCUGUCUAUUAGAGAUGGAGAAACAAAUUGUUAUGUGUUAAAGAACAAAGACUUAGAACAAGCUUUUAAAGGCGUUAUCUAUUUAGAGAUGGAGCUCAUAUAUAAUCCGGUCAAGGCCAGUAUUAGGACCUUUACCCCCAGAGAAAAGCGCUUCCUUGAAGAUAAUCGCAAGCUGUCCAAAAAGAUCUUAUCAAGAGAUGUGGAUCGGGUGAGAAGACUCACUGUGGCAGUAUGGAAUACAAUGCAGUUCCUUAGAAGCUGCUUCCAGUGGGAGUCCACACUGACAAGCACAGUGGCAUUCGUGGUAUUUUUGGUCACUGUCUGGAAUUUUGAGCUCUACAUGAUCCCCCUGGCACUGCUGCUACUGCUGUUCUACAAUUUCAUCAGACCCAUGAAAGGGAAGGUCAGUAGCACCCAGGACAGCCAGGAGAGCACAGACAUUGAGGAGGAGGAUGACGAGGAUGACAAGGAAUCUGAGAAAAAGGGACUGAUCGAGAGAUUCUAUAUGGUACAGGAUAUUGUGUCAACUGUUCAAAACAUCUUGGAGGAAAUAGCUUCUUUUGGAGAAAGAAUUAAAAACACCUUUAACUGGACAGUCCCCUUCCUUUCCUUGCUGGCCUGUUUGGUUCUGGCAGUGGCUACCAUUAUUUUGUACUUGAUUCCAUUGCGGUACAUCGUCUUAAUAUGGGGCAUAAAUAAAUUCACUAAGAAGCUCCGAAAUCCCUAUUCCAUCGACAAUAAUGAGCUACUAGACUUCCUCUCCAGGGUACCUUCGGAUGUUCAAAAGGUGCAGUACUCAGAACUGAAACCCUGCAGCAGCCACAGCCCCCUUCGGAAGAAGCGCACCACACUCGGUCCACACUGACCUUCAGCCAGCACCCUGUGCUGUGUGGUUGAUUAGACCAGUGUCAUAGCAGCUUCGGUGGUAUCUAUGGAGUCCUGAAAUGCGUGCUGUAGUCUCCCCACCUCUACUUCUUGUGCACGGAUGCAGAAACACCUGCGCACACAUCCAUCCCCACACAGGAUUCCUAGUUGCAUAGACUGUCAGCCCAGCAAGAAGAACAAACCUGGGCCCGAGAAAGACUCGCAUCCAUUUGCAAACCGGAAAUGAGGCAAAGCUUCCGCAGGAUGUGGCUGAAUAUCUUCCUAGACAACCGCCAGGAGACCACGUGGACUCCAGAGUGGCUUUAAAGUCGUUUUCACACCUCCUCCGUAUUCUAAUUAAGAUGUAGUCAUUUGCAUUCUCCUCUCAGAUUAUUGUUCCAGUAAGUUCCUUCUGAAUUAACAACUCUGGUGGCUAUGGUGUGUCCAGAUAAUGUUUCUUGGAGAAAGACUUUAGUGGUUAUCAGAAUUAGCCCAAAUCUUUGGGAUUUUUUCAGCUGUGAUCACGAAGGUUAUGUAUGUGAAUUUUGGAUGAUGUUUUGGUGCUGACCGCAGCCCACAUUAUGAUUCAUUGCUGGCAAUGGAUGUCCAAGGGAUUGCUCUUUGAAAGAGUGAGGGUUCCUUGAAAAUAUUCGGUUGUUUUAAAGUAUCACUUCUUUUGACUUAUUCUUUGCUUAUUUCCAAAAUAAAAUGUCAGUAUAUAGCUUCAGAAAGCAGGUUGGGGGGAAAAUGAAUUCAUUCCAAGUAGUUAAAAGUAUAAUAAAGCUAGAAACCAAUAAAUGGGGCUACUUGCCUAAGUAUCAUAAUCAUUUCAUUUGCCCAGAUAUUUUGAGCAGCAAAUUAAAGGGCUUUGGCCACUCAAAUUUGUAUUCUAUUUAUCUUCAGGUCGAAAUUAGCUAUAUACAAUAAAAAACUAUUUUAGGACCAAAUUCUUAGAGAAAUACCACACAAUUCCACAGUACUCUCCCAUCAAGCAAAAAUUCUGACUUGUGCCUAUAUAAAAUGUAUGAAAAUACCUUUCUGUUCAAAUAAUAUUUAAGCUUUACAUAAUGCAUUUCAUUGACAUACUUUAUAUGUGCAGUUUUACAUAUAUAUGUACAUGUAUUGUAAAGAAAAGGUUAAAAAAAACCCCUAAUUUAAUAGUUUACUAUGUUUUAUGUCUCUGGGUUGUAACUUAAUUAUCUUCAAACAAAAUGUUUAUGAAAAAUGCCAA